CAUCCUCUUCUUCUUUGCAAUGAGUGAUUCGUUUCAUUGCCAGAAAUUUCUUCCCAAGCUGAUCGAGGCAUAUCACAAGAUCAAGUGCAUGGAUAGUGCUUUCGAGGUGAUCUUCGUCCCUAUGGGCUAUAUGGAUUCGGGUGCUUUCGAGUUCUUCUUACGCAUGCCUUGGUUGGCGGUGCCGGUGGAUGAUGAGAGAAUAAGAUCUUUGGAGAACACUUUAGAAGCUCAUUACGUCAACACCCUGGUUGUCGUUGGUCCUACAGGUCAAACGAUCACAGAGAACGCCGCAACUUCGUUGAAGAUGUAUGGAGCCGAUGCCUACCCGUUCAGUGAAGAGAGGAUCAAGGAGGUAGAGAUGGCACAGACACUGGAAUCUCUUCUUGUUGUUGGGGACCUCGAUUAUGUUAUUGGGAAAGAAGGGUUGAAGGUUCCGGUGAAGGAGCUUGUUGGCAAGACCAUCCUCCUCUUCUUCUCCAUUCGCAGGUCCGGUAAAUGUCGUGGAUUUAUUCCCCAUCUGAUCGAGGAAUAUCACAAGAUCAAGCGCAUGGACAGUGCUUUCGAGGUGGUCAACAUCUCGAUGGACAAGGAUCAGGAUUCCUUUGAGGAGUUCUUCUCCGGCAUGCCUUGGUUGUCGCUGUCGUUCUGUCACGGACUUAGCUGGUUUUGCCUAAGUCGUGCGGCACCCUUGCGUGUCCAUCCGCAAAGGUCAGCCUCCCCGAAGCCUCCCCCUCGUCCCUUAGGAUCAACAAAAGAGAGAACAGGUUAAAGAGAACGCCUCAAUCGGGAUCCACAAGCAAACAUCUCCGAAAAACACUUCAUAGACAAUGCAAAUUACAAACAGACUUUACAAGCUCUGAAUAGUUGCACAACAAUGGGUAAAAUGGUCCAUUACAGAUCGAAAAGCUCUCGCGCGUGUCCACAUGACACAACCUUUAUUCACAAGCCUAAAGAGGCCACCAACCCAACAAAAAUGGGAUUAUCAAGCCUUCGGCCGCCCCUCUACAUGUUGUACAAGGCAUGGACAUGCCAAAAGACACGGACAUUCAUAAGCAUUACACCAAACAUCCUGUUUCGAAGUUUGUCCGUGACAUUCUCCCCCACUUAUCCCUUCGACGUCCUCGUCGAAGCUUUUGUGAACACUGCAACUCUUCGCCUUUGCUGAGUCUUCAAUCUUCCGCUCCAGCUGCAAUGCGUCUCCUGGC